CAUUCAUAAACAAAGGACGCGUUUGUCUUUAAUCCAAAUAUGAAAUUCAUUAAGCAACCCCAAACCUUACAGCUCGAUAUAGUAGCUUCGAACAGUCAGAAACAAAAUUCCUACCAUGGAAAACUUUUACCAAACACAAUCAGAGCCAUAAUUUGUGGACCUUCUAAUUGUGGUAAAACUAAUUUAAUGAUUGGUCUUCUUUUACAUGAAGAAGGUUUGCGUUUUCAAAACGUUUAUGUAUAUUCGAAAACUCUGUUUCAGUCCAUGUACGUUUAUUUAGACCAAGUGUUGUCAUUAGUUCCUACAGUAAACUAUUUCAAGUAUCGUGAAAGUGAUGAAGUGCUUAACCCUCAGGAGGCUGCUAAUAACUCUAUUAUCAUAUUUGACGAUGUUGCUUGUGAAAAACAAAACAAUAUUAGGGAUUACUUUUCAAUGGGGCGACACAAAAAUAUUAAUAGUUUUUAUCUGAAUCAAACUUAUAGCAAAAUACCUAAGCAGUUAAUAAGAGAUAAUGCAAAUCUUAUUAUUUUGUUUAAACAAGACGAAAUUAAUUUAAGACAUGUUUAUGAUGAACACGUUGGAACCGAUAUGCAAUGGAAUCAGUUUCGAGAGAUGUGCGCCACUGUAUGGGACAAACCUUACAAUUACUUAGUAAUAAAUAAGGACUGUACGAAAGAUUCAGGUUGUUAUAGGAUGGGAUUUGAUACGUUUAUUACUCUAGAUUAGUGUAUUUAGUGUGUAUGAUUUUUCAUUAACAGUCAUUGUUUAAUACAAUUCCAACGAGGUUGCAUUGAAAUGAAUCAAGAGAAAAAAUUAAAGGAAAAGUUACUUCAGUCAGCUGAAGUUGUGAAGAAAAAGGUAAAGUUAAUUCGUGAUAUGAAGACUACUAACGAUAUGGCAUUGGAAUCAGUUCUAAAGCCAAUAACAGAACCUCUCAAUGAAAUGGCUAAAAAUAAUAAAAAAUCUACCAAGAAUCAUUUUGAUAAAGAUUAUAAUGGUUAUUUUAAGAAUGAUUACAAAAUGGAUGACCGUGGAUGGAAAAACUCUGCAAAGCGGUUAAAAUUUAGUCCUGAUAGCAAAAUAAGUGACAGUGAUAGUAACAACCAAACUGUUAUGGAUAAUUCUGUGGACUUAAAACGUGAAGAUAUAUAUGACGAAAGUGAUAGCACUUCGAAUUGUAGUAUUAAUAGUGAUGAGUCAGAUAAAUCAAAUGAGACCUCUUUUAAGACUUCUGAUUCUUUUUCUUCUCCUGCAGACAAUGUCGAGGGACAGAACAUUUCCGAUAAUUUUGAAAACAUUCCUUUUGGCGUGCGAAAAGAACGUGGUAAAAUUAUGCUUGGAUCUCAUGUGGUAACUAUUAAUAACAAAAGACUUGAAAUUAACGGACGUAGUUAUAAUUUAACCCCUGGCUUGAGUGAAUUGCUAUUUAAAAAAUUACCUGAUUUAGAAAAUAUAACUGAUGAAGAUAAACGUAAUUACAAGUUUCUUCUCUUAGAAACAAACGCUCAUAGACGUGAUUUUAAGCCUAAUAAACCCAUAAAGAGUAACAAAGGUAGAAAAUAUCUGCAAAUCAUAAGGCCCAUGUUUAAAUUUUCAAAAGAGCGCUUAACUAGUAAUGAGAGCUAUACUCAGGGGCAAGGACUCCCGAUUAUGAAAAAAGUAUGCAAUGAUGUUUCGUAUGUUUAUUGGGAUGAUCCAAAUGAACUAGUUGAUAGGUUAAAAUUACUGAUCGCAUCCCGUGAUGCUGGUAAUACCGGCUUGGAUAACGAAAUAAUUUCGAUAAUUGAAGAAUUACAUGAAUCAGGUAUACUGAAUAAUAUAUAACACGAAUUUUAUUAC